UGUACCUGGUAUACUAGGCCACUAUAUAUCCAGAUAUCUAUUCCCGCUGAACUAUGCGCAAGUCGCCGGGCAGCCUGGCCUCGGAGGCCUUCUCCAGUUCGAACUCCUCGCUGAGCAACUCGUACAGCGAUGGCAGCGACCUGGCCAACUGGGAGGAGUACGUGACCACUGACGGGAGUCUCUUCUACAUGGAGUAUGUGAGAAAUGAGAAGAAUGGCGUCUCGGCGGAGCGGCGAGUGGAGUUCAUGCGCCGAUCGCUGCGCCUGGGAAAGAAGUCGUCGCGUCGCCAGCCGCACAGCAAUAAUCAGAGUCACAACCAAAACCAGUCCCACGGUCACAGCCAGUUGGAUACCCAGACGGAGCCGCAAGAGUUCCGAUUCUCACAGUUCAAGACGGCUGCCCCCGAUCCCAAGAAACUGGAUCUGGUUAUCACAGCCGCCGAUCGCUUCCGUUUCGGGCGACGAUCCACUGCGGUGGAGUCCAUACUGGGUUUCCGGGUGCUGCCCUUUCCGGAUCAACCAGAAUGCCUGAUGGUCGAUGGUUUCGUUCACGAUCUGAGUGCGCUGCCGCACGGCAUAAAACGGGGAGAUUGGUUUAGAUCCCUGAAUGGCAUAGAGUUGUAUGCCAGCAAUGUGGAUGAGCUGCUCCAGCAGUUCGUGGAGCCCACCCAGGUGUGCCUAGGCUUUCAAUCCUGCGGUGCGGCCAGUGCAGUUUCUCCCACCGAUCCGGGGUACAAUCCAAAUACUCAAGAGGAGCAGGUGUGCAAAGUGGAGAACUUUACCAUGUUCACGGAGAAGUUUGAGCAGAUGUUGAUAACGGAGGGGAACUUCGGCAGUUCCGGAAGUUCCGUGGACAUAAAAAUGCCCUUUGCUAUGCUGCUACUUCCACCGGAGUGCUAUCAGCAUGAGCAGCAACAGGAUUCCUUGUACUACUUUCCGGAAAACCCCGACAACUUUCUAUUUAAGGCCCGUGGGAGUUUCCUCACCCUGCACGCCGUUCUCAGUGAACUGCAUACCCAACCGUUGAGUUCGCGGCUCCUGGUGGAUCAGGUGCAAUACCACGUCAACUACCGACGCCUGAAUGGGUUCCUAGUCCUCUUCGCCUACGCCGGAGGACUCUGCAGUGCAGCGGAGUGCAGCCUGCGAUCGGAUGAGCUGAUAGGAUACAUACGCUUCUCUCUGCCGGGCUUGGUCCUGGAGAGCUUUAAUCAGGAGGGAGAGCCGGGCAUUAGUUCGAAACUGAGGCUUUUCCUGCGACACUUUUGUGAAAUCCAAAGGAUCCGGCUCGUAGCCGGAUGUCAAGGUCAUAUUCGUUUCGAAGAGCUCCUGGGCCAGUCCCGCAGCCUACCACUGCCCAAGGAAGCGCAGCUGCGCAUCUUUGAUGCUCUGAGUGAAAUGGAGGCCAUGGAUUAUCGCAAUUGGAACGAUGAGCCACUCACCACUCACCGCGAGUUCUUCAUCUACGGAAGUGCGCUGUACUACGAUGGAUUCCUGGUGGCCAGCCUGCUGCCACCGGAAGUGAGGGUGAGUGUAGAAGGAUUCCUGCGCUGCCGAGGGAUCUUCGAGUUGCUCGGGGCUGCUCCGGGAAUUAAAGUUCGCGAGAUGUACGUGUGGGAGGAGAUAGUGUUGCCCAGUGCCACAGGGCGAUAUUUCCUUACAAUCUGCACCAAGAACCACUUGAGUCUGGCUGUGAUCUUAAAGAUCUUCGAUGCUCCGGACAUGGCUCCUGAUGCGGUGGUGGGUCCAUCGCUCUUUUACAUCGAGGAGAUUCAGGAGACGCUGGACCACCUUGUGCAAUGCGGCAUAGAGUCCCUGGCCAUGUUCUGGUCCGUUUCCAAUAAGAGACCCGAGGUGCUGGACGCCUCUGCCAGUGAGACCAGGGAUCAGGAGAAGGAGCCGAACAACCGACUGGAGUCCUUCCUCAAGCAGAAGCUUACCGUACUGAGUCCAUCGGUGGAAGAGGAGGCCCAACUGUGCUCGUCCUUGGGUGGGUCUUCCAUACACAGUCUGACUCCCAGUGAGGACGAGUCCUGCCGCAGGCGAUUAACCCCCAUCCAUGGUGCUGCCGAUGAUUCGGACAGCGGUUCCGAUUGGGAGAACUUCGCCGUACAGCAUCCACUCCAUUAUGGACUAAAUCUCGGGGCCGAGAGCCACAAUCAGACCCAGAUGACGGAGUCCAUGUGGAAGGAGAUCAACAACGUGGUGCCGGUCAAGAUAUCCGCUGGCUGGAAGAAUUCCGUGCUGCACUACGUCUACAUCGACAUAGCUAAUGGGUCCUUGUUUGCACCAUUUAGCGACAGCUCUGAGAACUCCAACUACCUCUCCGAGAUUCGUCAGGCGUGUCACAUAAUCCACGCCGUGCUGGAGAAAUCCAAGCACUAUCGCAGGCAGCUAUCGGAAUCCUCGAGAGCACAGCCAAACUUAAACGGGCACAGUAACCACACAGUGUCGCUGGUCAAGGAGCACGGCAUGACCCUCGAGGUCAGUCCGCAAUCCAAGACCGACGGGCAAUCGCAGUCCCCGACAAGCAGUCGCUUCGUUGUGGUUGGUCGUCUCUUUCAGUCGCCAGCCAAGGAAGUCUACGUGUGUCACCGAUCCGAUGUUCCCCAGAAUAUAGUCGAAAUGGCCUUCCGAUUGUCCUUUUUCUCCAUGGGAUAA